AUGUUCAAAGAUGCUGCCAAACGUCUUUUUUCUCACAGGAUGAGAUUUGGGAGCCAAGCUUCAGUGGCUUCAAGGGCUGGCAGUUUGAGGGAAUCGACAAGGAGAUUUGCCAGCCAAGCCUCAAGGGCCGACAGUGUGAGAGAAUCGACAAGGAGUCAAACUUUCAAGGCACGGGACAAUCUGUCUGAAUUUGACAGCUUUGCCGUGGGAAGCACGCUGACGGGAGUCGGAGGGUGCGGUCCAAGGAUGAGCUCUGCUAAUAGCGAUGAUUUGGUGGCUUUGUAG